AUGUCGCGGCACGGGCGACACGGAGGCGGUCUGUCUCCUCUCCCAGAGACGAAGGUGUAUGUGGGUAACUUGGGCACCGGGGCUGGGAAGGGUGAGCUGGAGCGGGUGUUCAGUUUCUACGGGCCGCUGAGGACUGUGUGGAUCGCUCGCAACCCACCGGGAUUCGCCUUCGUGGAGUUUGAGGAUCCCAGAGACGCUGAGGACGCCGUCAGGGGUCUGGAUGGAAAAAUCCCACAGCAGCAGCACGUGCUGAUUACUGGAGUCAACAACAUUAGGAGUGCAGUGAAAGUACAUCAAAUCAUUCGGGAUAUGAGAAGACAAAACCCAUAUGACCGGGGCACGAGCAGCCACACCCCUUCGCUGAGGCUCCUCCCACUGCUACUUAACUAUUCAUAGCCCCUCCCCCAACCCAAACCAGAUGAGAGAUGCAAUCCAUGUAAAUUCGGCUAGCAAUUUGUGGCUUGGCUUUUGAUAACGAGAGCAUCGAGACCUCGGCAGAAAAAGCGCCUUGCACACUUCCAUCAAGUCUCAAUCAAGCGAUUUGGCUGUCAGUGCGGUCAUCGUUAGAAAUCCAAGAGAAUGACUAGAUGCAGAGGUCGGCUGAGGAUAGAUACUUCUAGAUCGUCUAAAUCUGCUAGACCUCGGUUCCAAAGAGGGUCGACCUGCAAAGUUGCAAGGUUUAUUUCAAGUACCAAUUAAUGUGUCUCUCUGUAUAUCAUUGCCUGAACUCAAAGCAGUCGUAGUGUUUAAUGCUGUUAACUUUUAUAAUAUCUGUUGGAUGCUUUAGAGAGUUCCAGGGCUGGGCGAUAUAACACUCCGUCAUGUUCACAGAUUUCAUGUAGUUAUAG